GUCAUCAUGUUUCAUGAUAGAAUCAUGUCGAUCAUACCAAAUUGGACUUUUUGGAAAAUCAAUACUACUUGAAUAUUGCUAACACUCAUCCUCACUAGAACCCCAUCUUGUCCACCUCCUGUACCUUCAUCACAGGCAACUCGUACUGCAUCGAGCAAAACUGGGGAGCGGCGCCCGCGCCCCCUUCCACUACCGCUCCCGGUGUGCCCACGACGUUGACAACCACCACCAGAGCCUCCACCACCACAACGACUCCCGGGAAUGGCGUGACCACUCCUACACCGAUUCAACCCGGCAUGGUGUCCAACUGCAACAAGUUCUACUUUGUCGCGUCCGGGGUCACCUGCAGCAAGGUCCUCAGCGACGCGAACAUUAGUCUCGCCGACUUUGCUAAGUGGAAUCCCAACGUCGGCGCUGAAUGCACGGGCAUGUGGGCCGAAGUCAACGUCUGCGUUGGUGUCAUCGGCGGAACCACGCCCACGACGCCGCCGACAACCACCAGCAAACCCGUGACUACCACCACCACGACCCCGGGCAACGGCAUCCAGACGCCGCAGCCGACGCAGCCGGGCAUGGUAACUAACUGCAACAAGUUCCACUGGAUUGCCCAGGGCGUCACCUGCAGCCAGGUCCUCAGCUACAACGGCAUCAGCCUCGCCGACUUCGCCAAGUGGAACACGGGCGUGGGCGCCGACUGCAGCGGCAUGUGGGCCGAGGUGAACGUGUGCGUCGGCGUCAUCGGGGGCGCCGCGACGCCGCCGACCACCACGACGAAGCCUCCGGUCUCCACCACGGCCCCCGGCAACGGCGUGACUACGCCCCAGCCCACGCAGCCGGGAAUGGUGACCAACUGCAAGAAGUUCCACUAUGUAUCCGAGGGCAACACAUGCGACCAGAUCAUCAGCUACAAUGGCAUCACCCUCGCUAACUUUGUCAAGUGGAACACGGGUGUGGGCGCGACCUGUCAAAGCAUGUGGGCCAAGACCUACGUCUGCGUUGGUGUUUAAGCGGCGAAUUGCUCUACCCAGGCCUUCCGGGUCGUAAUUUCUCUUCUAUGUACAUACUUUCACGGCGGAUUGGAGGAGGCAUUUCUGACAGGCAUGUCAAGAUGAG